AUGGGAGCAGCAGGAUCGCGGUGGCCCGUUUGUAGCUGCGUGUGGUGGCAUCUGGUGUUGUGGCUGAAGUUCCCAGCAGAAAUGUCACAGAGAAGUGGGCAGGAGGACCCAGAGCGGUACCUGUUUGUGGACCGCGCCGUGGUCUACAACCCGACCGCUCAGGCCGACUGGACUGCCAAGAGGCUGGUGUGGAUCCCUUCAGAGAGGAAUGGCUUUGAGGCCGCCAGCGUCCGGGAGGAGCGUGGAGAUGAGGUGGUGGUGGAGCUCGCAGAAAAUGGGAAGAAGGCGAUUGUAAACAAAGAUGACAUUCAGAAGAUGAAUCCACCAAAGUUCAGUAAAGUGGAGGACAUGGCCGAGCUGACCUGUCUGAAUGAGGCGUCGGUGCUGCACAACCUCAAAGACCGCUACUACUCUGGACUCAUCUAUACAUACUCUGGUCUCUUCUGUGUGGUCAUAAAUCCCUACAAAAACUUGCCCAUCUACUCGGAGAACAUCAUAGAGAUGUACAGGGGUAAAAAGAGGCACGAGAUGCCCCCUCACAUCUACGCCAUCUCAGAGUCCGCGUACAGGUGCAUGUUGCAGGGUAAGUCUGCUCUCCACACCCAGUGUUGA